UCAACUUCCUCAUAUAUAAACCAAACCCCUCUCACAACACAUAUUCAUUUCUCACAAACAAACAUCUCCCAAGGCUUUCACCACACAAGAAAAAAGAAUCUCUCAGCUCACAAAAAAUUCACCACAUUCAAGCAUCAAAUAAUAGCAUUGAAAAUCCAUUUGAUUCUCAUUCCGCUCGCUCUCUCCAUUUUCAUUUUGUUCUUUCUUUCUAUGCAAAGAUUUUCUUGAAAUGGGUAGCUUUAAAUUUAAGUGCUUUUUCAUCUGAUUCCCUUUUUGAUUUAAUCAGAUUAUAAGUUUUUUUUUUUACAACAGCCCAGAAUUAAAAUUUUGGUCUUUCUUUUAUAUUUUGACCAAAUCUUUAUCUGGGUCAUCAAAUUACUUCACUUUGAUUUCAAUAGUUGAAUCUUUUUCAUUUUUUACAUAAACCCAUUUCAAAAAAUCACUUUUUUUUUUGUGCUUUUUGAUUUUGUGCUUGAGAGAGCGAGCGGAAGAUAAUGGCUGCAGCUAAGAACAGUGGCAAAUUCAACAAAGAUUUUGGUGAUGAAACUCAUAACAAUCACAACAAGGUUACCAAGAUUGGUGAAAGCCAAGUUAAUUGGGAGAUUGAAAAAGGAAAAAGUGUUGAAAUAAGCUCUUCUCAAAGACAUCAUUGGAAGCCAGUUUUUGAUGAAGCUUCUAAUAUGUCACAUAAUAGACCUUACAAGAAAAGCAAAAGUCCUCAACGUGAAAAUCAAAACCAAAACCAAAACCAAUUUCAACCUUUCUCUUUUCCUUCUUCAGCUUCUUCUUCUUCAAGGCAUGUUUUUCCUUUUGCUUUUGAUCAUAAUUCAGAACAAUUUCCUCAACAAUUUGGUCCCAACAACAAUUUACCUUUUCACCCUCCAACACAAAACCAACAACAAAUGAUAUCUUUUGGUACACAGUCACAACAACAGACCAAUAUUGUUCCAUAUCCACCAAUGUUGUCUCAACAGCAACAUCAACAACAGAUUCUUCAAUAUUGGAGUGAUGCAUUGAAUCUUAGUCCAAGAGGAAGAAUGUUGAUGAUGAUGAACAACAAUAACAAUAGGUAUUUGGGGCAAUAUAGUAAUAAUAAUGGACCAAUGUUUAGGCCUCAAAUUCAACCUAUAAGCACUACAAAACUCUAUAGAGGAGUUAGACAAAGACAUUGGGGAAAAUGGGUUGCUGAAAUUCGUCUACCUCGAAACAGAACUCGUUUGUGGUUAGGAACAUUUGAUACUGCAGAAGAUGCUGCUUUAGCCUAUGAUCGCGAAGCAUUUAAGUUAAGAGGUGAGAAUGCAAGGCUCAAUUUUCCUGAUCUUUUUCUCAAUAAAGGAAAAGAAAAAGAAAAUGAAAAAGAAGAAGAACCUUCAUCACCGCCUCCAACAGAAACAACAAUUUCGCCUGUUACUUCUCCUUCAAGUAACACCGCGACAAAGCAGCCUGAACCUCCUCCGAUGCAGACACUUCCAAUGGAAGAGUCUAAUGAGAAUGACUCCGGAAUUGGAUCAAGUGACGCGACAGUGAGUGAAGGCGGAGAAGGAGUUUCAGUUUCGCAGUCUCAAGAAUUGGUUUGGAGUGAAAUGUCAGCAUGGUUUAAUGCUAUUCCAGCUGCUUGGGGACCAGGUAGUCCUGUUUGGGACGAUAAUCUAUUUUCGCAGUCACAAAAUCCGUUUUCCAAUCUAAAUCAACAAUCAGAAUUCAAUGAUUUUGAUUCUCAUACGGAGUCAGGUUCUUCCAUUAGGCCUUUCUUCUGGAAUAAUGAUCAAAAUUAAACUUGAAGUUUUCUUUUGUCCUCAAACCAAUGGUUGCUGAUAUUUUUACCAGACAACCUUUGAGCUUAAGGGUCAUAUACCUUAUAGUCUUACCUUUGUUCAUUUAACUUUAUUUUUUUUCUUAACUCUUUUGUACUAUUUAGUUGCUUUUUAUUGAUGUAGUAUAGGUAGCUUAGGGAAGAAGGGAACAGUUUUGUGAUUUCCUUCUUCAUUCCAUCCGUUAUGAGCUAUCUUUUUGAGCUUCAAGGAUGGAUUACUAUAUAUAAUUAUUACAUAAAUUUGUAGUUUGUUCAUUGUGAAGUUUGUUUGUACUGCUAUAUACAUAAUGUAUGAUGUAUCAUUUUCUAGUUUUUGUAGUUGUUAGAAUUAAAUA